AUGAAUGUUGAAGAAUAUAGACAUCAAGUAGGAGGACAUUGCAAAUUAAUAAAACCAAAGGAUUCAUCAAAGGUAUAUAAACCAUUAAUAGAAAAUGAAUAUAUUUUUUAUAAAAAGUUGACAAAUUUUGGUUCUUCAUCAACUGAGUCAGGACCUUUACAUCUUUUAAAAAAAUUCAUACCAAAAUUUUAUGGCGUAACGGAAAUUUUGGUUGAAUCAUGUUCUGAUGAUGAGGAAAAGCAAAAUGAUUCAUCUAAUCUAAUAAAAGGACAAGAUGAAAAGAAAAAGAAAAAAAAAAGUAGAUAUAAAAAAUAUAUCAAAAUGGAUAAAGGCGAAAAGGAUAAUUUUGUAAACACUGAUGAAAGGUACUUUAUUGAAGAAGAAAAAUAUUCUGAACUCAUACGAAUGAGGACAAAUAUUUCAAACGCAGAUAUACAUGAGAAUUCACAUGAAAAUAUGUCAGGUGGUGAAUUAAUGGAACAUAAAGUGAAUCACAUGAAAAGUAUUGAUAAAAAUAAUGUGUCAAAUAUAUAUGGAGAUAAAUACGGAAUUGAGAAUGAUGAAAUAAAUAAAAAUAACGAUGAACUUAUAAAUAAAAGUAAUGUUGAUCUUAACAAUAAAAAAAAAGAUGAACGUAUAAAUAAAAGUAAUGAUGAUCUUAACAAUAAAAAAAUCGAUGAAAUUAUAAAUAAAAAUAAUGAUGACCUUAACAAUAAAAAAAUCGAUGAACAACAUACAAAACAAAAUAACGAUGACAGUGUAAAAAAACGAUUUAAUGAAAGUAGCCUAAAUACAACACCAAAAAAAUUCAAAAGAAGAAAAGAAUGUGUACCUCAUAUAAUUCUUGAAGAUUUAGUGUAUGGAUUUAAAAGACCUUGUGUAUUAGAUAUAAAAAUGGGAAAGAGACAAAGGAAGAUUGGAGCAUCAAUAGAAAAAAAGAAAAGACAAGUUGAAAAGAGUUUUAAGACAACUAGUCAUUCGUUAGGUUUUAGAUUAUGUGGAUGUCAACAUUAUAAUAAAGUAAGUGAUACAUUAUUUUAUAAAGAUAAAUACUGGGGAAGAAAUCUAAGGAAAGAACAUAUUCCAUGGGCAAUUCGAAAUUGGUUUUGGAAUGGGUCAUUAUUAUACGAAGAAUUAAUACCCUUAUUACUUGAAAAGUUACACAGUUUUUUUAAUUGUAUAGUCGAAUUGAGACAUUAUCGUUUUUGGUCUUCUUCUUUAUUAUGGGUUUUUGAUGGUGGAUUAAGUGAUAAAAAAGCUAGAUCUAAUUCUUUAGAUAUUAGAAUGAUUGAUUUUGCUAAUACCAUAUAUUUACAAGAUAAUCCUUCAGCGGAUGAAGAAUAUAUUUUUGGUUUAAGAAAUUUAAUAGAGUCGAUUCAGAUUUUAAAUAAUUCUAUACAUAAUAUUUAUUUCUUACCAUAUGAAAUUACUACUUGUUUUUAUUCAGAAAAUUAUAAUAUGAAAGAAAUUAAAGAUCGCAAGGUUUUAAAAAAGUCAAGAUCUGUUGUUUAUGAAGACAACAAAAAGAAGAAAAAAAAAACGGUGUAUAUUAAUAUGGAAUUUUUUAAAAAGGCAAAGGGAAAAUAUGUAAGUAAUAAUAAACAAUUGGAUAAUAACAAAUUUGUAAAUAAUAAUAAAAAUGUGAACAGUAAUAAAAAUUUAAAUAUAAAAAAGAAUGAUACAAAAACGAAAAAUAUAAAUAAUUCGGAUUUAUUAAGUACAGAAUAUAUAAAUAAAUUUUUGUCACAAAAUGAAAAGGAAGAAAUCCCUAAAAAUAAAAAAACAAAAAACAGAAAUGGCAAUAUAAAUAAAAUUAAAAAAAAAAAAAAAAAAAAAUUAUAUAUAAAUGAAAAUAAAUACCAAAGCUUUUCUGACUAUGCAAUAAGAGAAGAUGUUUAUAGUACUCCUUUAUUUUCUUUUGCAAAUAAAUUACAUAAUAGUUUAUCAAAUAAUCCAUAUAAUAUAAAAAACACAUCUUAUAUGAAUAAUUUGGGAAUUCAUUGUCUUCUUAAUAAUAAUUCUGUUAGUACAUCAAGGGUGGAAGACAAUCCAGAUAAUGAAGAAACUUUUAAUAAAUGUAAAUAUUAUGAAUAUAAUGAUUCAUAUGAUAAAAAUAUUGGCUCUUCUCAAAAUGAUAUAGAUCCUUUAGUAGAUACUCAUUUAUAUGAUGAAAAUAAUAAGAUAAUGUACAACACUUGUUUAAAAGAAAAAGAAAAUAUAUAUAAAAGUUUGGAAAACACUAUGGAUAAAAGCUUAAAUAAUACAAUGAACAAUUCAUUUUAUAUUCAAAAUUAUAAUAAUGAUAAAGAAUAUAUGAAUAAAAUAAAAACAUGUCAUACGUCAAAUGAUAGAAUAAAUAUAAAUAAUGAGGAAAUUUUGUAUGGUAACAAAAAUGUUUCAAGAAGUAAUAAUAUUUAUAUGCACAGUGACGAAAGAAAAAAAAAUAUAUUAUUAAAAAAAUCGUACAAUAUGUCUAUACAAAAUAAACAUUUACCAUACCAGAUACUUGAAUGUAAUAACAAGAAAACAAAAGAUGGAAAAGAUAUUUAUAAUGAUAAUACUCUAAAUUCUAUUGAUGAUAAAUACAAAGAAGAUACUCUUCAAAAUAAAAUUCAUUUAAAUAAAGAUUCUCUGGAAAAUAUACAGGAAAAAAAAAAAAAUAAUAUUUUAAAUGAUCAUAAGGAUGUAAUAAAAUAUAUGAAUAAUAAUAUGGAUAACAUAUGUUAUGAUAAAAAUAUAAAUAAUAAUAUUAAUAAUAAUAUAUUAUUAUUAACAUAUCAUAAUAAAAGAAAAAAUAAAUCUAUUUUAGAUAAUAAUAUACAUACAAAGAGCAAUAAUAAAUAUGAUGAAAUAAUACAAGAGACAAUCAUUAAAACAUUAAAAAUAGCAUCCAAUUUUUAUCAAAAAAUUAAAGAACAUAUUAAUACUGAUCAACAAGUAAAGGAAAAAGAAAAAUUAACACAUUCAAGUAAUGAUGAUUAUAAUAAGGAAAAUGUACAACAAGGAGAUGAAAAGAUAAAAAAAAAAGAAGAUUAUUCGUUGUCAUAUUAUAAUGUAAGUAAUGAGCCCAUUAAUAAUAAUCUUUGUGAAGAUAAUAAAAAAGAUUUUUAUUCAUUUAAUUGUGAUGAAAAUCAAAAAGAUAUAUCUAUUGAAACAUAUAAAGAAAAUGUAAAUUUUCAAAGGAAGAAUAAAGAUGAUAAUAUAAAAAGAACAAAAACAAAUUAUAAAAAAGAAAUAAGUAAUUAUUAUUUCGAAAAGGAAGAAAUGGAAAAUAUGAACCUUUCUCCUGAGGAGGAAGAAAAUAUCAUACAUGAAAAAAAAAAUAAAGAUACACAAGUAUUAAAAACAAAUAAAAUAUAUGAUAACAUUGUAGAAAAAAAUAAUACCAAGCAUAUUAAAAUAAUAAAAAAUUUUAAUGUGUUAAAAAGGAAUAUAAACUUAAAAGUUUUAAUAAAUCAAAUGAUUAAAAUGGAAAUUGAAAAAUGGAAAUUAGAAAAAGAACAAUUGUUAUUGAAAAAUAAACAAAUAUGUAAACAAAUAAGUAAACAAAAAUUUUUAAAACAUACAAAUAUUGAAACGAACGAUUUGUCUGAUAUGAAUGUAAAUAUAUUAGAGGUACGAAAUAAAAUAAAACAAAUGGAUAUAAAAGAAAAUAUGUUAAAUAAAAUGAUAUAUAAGUUAGAAAAAGAUACUCUCUAUAAAAGUAAUAAAAAUAAUGUAUACGAACAAUUAAAUUAUAACUCAGAUACUAUAUUAAUACAUAAGGAUUUUAAAAAUUAUCAUUUAAAAAUGAAUAAGAAAAAUUCAUUUACUCAUGAUUGUUAUAUGUAUAAAAGAUGCAUGUCAUGUAAUGAUGAUAUCAUUUCAUAUUUGAAGAAUGACAAUAAAAUAAAAGAAAAGAAGGAAAAACAAAACAAAAAAAAAAUACGCAAGCUGUUUUUAAAAAAAUUAAGUAUGUUAUCAAAUAUGAAAAAUAAUAAGAAAAAAUAUCAUGACAAUGUUUAUUAUAAGGUUGAUCCUGAGAAUAGUAAUAAAGCAGAAAAUGAAGAAUAUAUUAAUAAAUAUAAUGAAAAGUAUUAUAAUAAAUAUGAUAAUAAAUAUAAUAUUCAAUAUAAUGAUACAUAUAAUAAUAUAUAUCAUGAUAUAUGUGAUAAUAUAUGUGAUGAUAAGUAUAUUAAUGCAAUUAAUAAGAAUCCUUUUCCUUAUAGUAAAUAUAAUUUAAAAGAAAAAAAAAAGAAAAAAAAAUAUUCAAAAUAUAAUCAAUUAAAUAUAUUACCUUUACAUAAGAAGAAAUAUAUAUAUAACAAGGAAUAUCCACAAAAUAAGGAAGAAUUUAAUAUAUUCAAUAUGAAUUAUGAAAAAAAUAUUUAUACAUUUAAUAAUAUAAAAUAUACAAAUGAAAAUUUAAAUUAUAUUAAUAAUAUAUAUGAAAAUAAUGAUUUGGAAACAUAUAAAAAUUUAAUACUACCAUUAACAGAAACAAAUGAAAAUUAUAAAUACUUACGUAGAUCUUUAUCAGAACCUAAUAUAUAUAAGUACAAUCGGUUUAUGGGUACACAAAAAGAUUCAUAUGUUAAUAAAAUAAAUUAUAAUAAUCUAAUCAAAAAUAGAUUGGAUAAGUUAACAAAAGUUCCCAUAUAUAAUCAAAUAUAUGGUUUCACCUCCAAUUCUAGUAACACCUAUUCUUCAGAAAGUUCCCUUGAUAUGUAA